CCACGGGAGACAUGAAGUAGACCGAAUUUCAUCUCCGAGGAGACUCACGUUCAUGUUUUCUCUGCGCCAGGGAAAAUUGAAUCAGUUACGAUGAAGACCUUUGUGUUCUUGAUGUGCCUGCUGGCCGCUGCCUUCGCUGCCCCUGCUCCAGACAGUGAAAGUAAUGAGCAGGUUGCAGCACAUGCUAAUGAGGCCCUGAGGUGGAUGGAGUUAUACAGGCUGUACCAGCAGCAGGGAGUAGUUGGAAACCCCUUCCUUCCUGCUGCUGAUGCUCCUGUGGUUGCUGCACCAGCCCAUCAAGCAGAUGUCGCGGCUCCUGCCCCUGUGGGAGACGGCUCAGAAGAAGAGGCAGAGGAUGGGAACCCUGCUCCCAAAGCUGCAGCGUCCGCCGGUGCCGCCCCCCUGAACUCUGAUGAGGUAGAGGAGGCCGAGGAGGCUGAGGCGGCCGUGGUCGAGGAAGCACCGGCGGACCCCGCAGCGGACCCCGCAGCGGAGCCUGCAGCUGCUGACCCGGCUGUGGUUGACGUCCCCGUAGAGGCUGCGCCGGUGGAUGCCGCUGCGCCGGUCGACGCUGCCGUCUCCGUGGAUGUGCCUCCUGUUGACGUAGCCCCCGUCGACGUUGACCCAGCAGCGCCCGUCGAUGCGGUCGUCCCCGCUGCAGUCGACGUCCCCGCUGUUGCUGACGUCCCGGCUGCUGUCGACGCCGGUGCCGCUGCUGAUCCCGGUGCAGUCCCAGCUGCUGCUGAGCUUGACCCAGCAAUUCCCGCUGCACCGUAGUGAUCUUCCUCCUACUGCCAGCCCGAGAGAGCCUCUAUUAAGCAGUUAGACCAGGAGCUGGAGCUGGAAACGGCCACGAGUGAUGUAGUUGUAGUCGAGUAAUAGAGACUUAGGGGCAAAAAUGAAUAAAAUAAAAUAAAAAAAUGUGAUCAAAAUUGCAAUACUGUAACAUGUAAUAUGAAACAGAAUGUUUUCAAUGCAGAACGUGUUAUUUUGAUUAUUUUUUUUCCUGCCUUUCAUUUUACAAUUCUGGACUUGAGUUGUGAUUAACUAGUCAUCAACUGUCUACAAGUGGUUGAGGGAUAAAGACUCUGCCUCUGUGUUUCCUCGUUUUGUUGCAUUUUCUUGGUGUAGACUAUUAAAAUAUCAAAUGUCCUUAUUGUA